AUGUCCCUCCACACCUCCUACCACGCCGACUCCGAUGCGGAUGACGAGUACGAGCGCAGCGUGAUCACCUCACCACACCUCCAGACCGACUCAGAGGCAUCUCCCACCGACUCAGACAUCACCUCUUCCGAACACACGCCUACCAAAUUCGGCUACUCCAGCGAAGGGCCACGUACCCCACGGUCAAUCAUUUCGGACUGGACGGCCGACGAAUGUUCGGAAUUCCUGACGUCGCUCGGCUUACUGCAAUACUGUGGACCGUUUCGGGAAAAUGGGAUUGUGGGCGAAGCGCUGAUUGCGCUGAAGCACGAGGAACUCAAGGAAAUGGGCAUCAACAGCGUCGGGCACCGCUUGACUAUCUUAAAGAGUGUCUAUGAAAUCAAGGUUCGACAACAAGUCCCGCUAGAUGUUGACCACUACAUCCCACUUUCCGCGGACCAGAGCAUGAGUGAGAACGCUUCGCAGGACGACAUCGCAAAGCUGAUAUUGUCGAUUCAACGCCGUGAUGAGAAGCUUAUGACCGUCGAAGCCGAAAUGCGUCGCCUAGCGGAUGAUUAUCGGCGGCUACGCGAAGAAAUCCUGCCCGUCAUCAAGAUGGCCAAGGAUCGAUCACAACCACUCCCUCCUCCUUCAGUGUCAGGGCCAACCGAGUCAUAUCGCGACAGCACCACCCUGACAUCACCGUCGCAGCUGACUCUCGUCGACAACUCCUCCUCGUCGAAGCUUGCGCGAGCAUUUUCCAAGCGCACCUACACGGGUGGGAACACACCUAAAAAUAACUCCCCAACGCAUAUACCUCCUUCUAUAUAUGAGAACCGGAACUAUGAAGGGUCCAGUCUGGACCCGUCCGCUGCGGCCAUGGCCGCAUCGUCGCAUCUGACUGCUUCUAUGAAUGGGGGACUGCAGCAUUCCCCUGGCGUUCCAUCUCCGACCUCACCGAGUCACCAGCACCAGACGCUUAAUCCGAGGUCCUACACUCAGCCUAGCUCCAGAGGACACGAUCACCCCGAAGAGAUACCGCGAGCGUCAUCGCGCGCCGAUCGACUCACUCCCGGCCCACCACCGGCUCGCACCGAAACUCCGUCUUCCGGAUCCCGAAUCGAGUCACGAGGGCCCGGAGGAGAACCGAACAGCGUGGAGAUAUUCAAAUCAUUCCGAGUAUCUUGGGAAGAUCCAUGCUACAAGGUUCUGCCUGCCGCCCUCAAGAAGUACAACAUCCACUCCGAUCCCAAACUCUAUGCUCUGUAUAUUGUAUAUGGCGACCAAGAACGGUGCCUUGCAUUAGACGAAAAACCUUUACUGCUCUUCAAACAAUUGGAGAAAGAAGGGCGAAAACCGAUGUUCAUGCUUCGCAAGAUUCACCCUGACAACCCUUCUUAUCCCAUCCCUGGCUCGGCCCCCAAUAGCGCGGGCUUCGACAAUGGAAGACCGGCCGGAGGAGGGCAGAUCAACCUACCAGGGGGCGUCCUGUGA